AUGGGCACCACCUUCUUCGUCACCGACACGGGCACCCUGGAGGUCUCCGUGAACGGUAACGUGGUCAAUACCCUCAAAGAGGGCAAGGCUUUUGGAGGCCUGGCAUUGCUCUACAACUGUCCCAGGACAGCCACUGUGCAAGCUCUCAGCAAAGCGGGUGUAUGGGGAGCGAAUGGAAACAAUUUCAAGCAGGUGCUUGCGCAGAAUGCAGCCAACCGCCAGGCUGACAACCUGAAGUUCCUAGACUCCAUCAAGGUUUUCGACGGCCUCAAUCAGAAACAGAAGGACCAGAUCGCUCUUUCUGCUUUCUCCGAGGCCUUCGAGGCGGGCCAGCGCGUGGCGACCCAAGGGGAAUCCCUGGCGGCUAUCUACUUCGUGAAACGCGGAGGGCUCUCUGUGAUGUCUGGUGGCGAAGUGAAGGCAGACGGCAAGUUCCAGGGCGGUGUGCAGGCACAGAAGCUCUCGUCGGGUGAGUACAUCGGCGCCGCACUUCUCCUGAGUCAGAAACAGCGCCCUAGCUGGGAUCACACGCUCCUGGCAGACGCAAAGACAGAGCUGCUCUGCAUCAGCGUGAAGGAUCUGAAGGAGGUGUUGGGCAAUGACUUGGGUGGCAUCCUUGAGUCCGCCUUGGUGCAGAAGGGUUUGAGGAUGUGCCCCGUGAUGUCACAGUUCUCGUCCACCCAGCGGAAUGACAUCGCGAAGUCUGUGGUCAUCAAGGACCUGAAAUCUGGUGGUGCUUUGCCCGACGGUGUGCGCUAUGUCAUUGUGCUGGAGGGUACAAUCAGCGGCACGCACAAAGAAGAACAGGAGCGUGUGCGGCUUUACAAAGAGGGCUCCCAACACGCAUGCUUAUGUCUGAAGGUUCCUCAGCUGUUGGGCAGCGCGCGGAACCGGUUCCAGAGAGGCCCAAGUUGGGGCAUCCAUGGCUGGAAUGACACUGUGGCGACACCUGUGGGCAAGCCACCUCCGCCAACCGGUCGCGUGGCCUAUGCCUGGUAUUUGGCAGGCGAGCCCAGGCAAUUUGAGGAUUAUGCGUGUGCCAUCCUUGUCAAUGCCUGGUUUAUCAAGCAGAACGGUUUGAGGCCCAAUGCGGAUAUGGUUGUGGUUCACUUCGAGGAGGUGCCGCGUCGCUCUCGCUUUGAGAAGCUGGGCAUCAAGCUGAUCAAGGUGCAUCAGACCACCAGCAAAGGCAUGUACCAGUGGGUGCAGUCUUAUCUCAAACUUCGAGUGGCCAGUUUGUACCAGUACGACCGCAUUAUCUACAUGGAUGCUGACAGCUUUCCUAUCGGCAGCCUGGACAACUUGUUUGACUUGGCCAACUUUCCGGUGGAGAUCGCGACACCCUUCUCCUACUGGGAUGGACACGGCGCGAUGAGCGGUGGCCCGAUGAUCAUCGAUCCCCGGCGCAUCUUCUACGACCGGGACUUCGGCAGUGUUCUCGACACCAGCUCAAGCCUCCACCUUGCAUCAGAGAUGGACUGGGUCAACAGGCGCUUCAAAGACACCAUCUCCCUGCUACCGGGAUACUACACUAUGCUGAUCGGCGAGUUCUGCGGCGAUGACGGGGUGCACAAGCCUCCAUUUGUCUACAGGCACUGGCAGAAGUACUUUGGGGAAUCUGCCGAGUGGGUGCUGAAACAUGCCACAGUCACCUUGGAGCGUGCGCAGUGGCUGGAGGACGGCGGGCUGCUUGAAAGCAACGCCGCUUCGGAGGCCAAGUCGGAGAUCAGGAACUUUGUGGCUGGAUCGAAUGAUGCACGUGUCGGCUACCUGACCAAGGAAGGGCUCCUGGGUGCGCUGAAAGAGCUGGGUCUGGCGGCCAUCGGCAAUGCCGAGGAGGCUUCGGAUCUCACCCGGAAGCUGAUCGUGGCAAAGAAGGUGCACAUCUUCCGUCACCUUUCAAGCGAGCAGAUCAAUAAGUUGGUUCAGUCGUUCGUGCUGCAGCGCUACCGCAAAGGUGCCCAUGUCAUUAAGCAGGGAGAAGUUGGUGCGUCCUUCUUCGUCAUCGCUAGUGGCGACGUCAAUGUCGAGAUCGAUGGAAAAUUCAUCCGUACCAUGACGAAGAAUUCCUACUUUGGCGAGCGUGCUCUGCUAUUCGACGAGCCGCGCACAGCCACCGUGGAGGUUUCUUCCCCGGAAGCGGAGCUCUGGUCUAUCGAGAAGUCAACAUUCUCGUCCAUUGUCGCUGGAAAAAUGCAGCAGGAGCUGAUGCACCGCAUCCGCCUCUUUGGAUUUGCAAUUCAAUCGCCGCAGCUAUUUGGCUUCGACAUACCUUUGUCAUCCCAAAUUCCGAUACAUAUCUGUAGCAAGGCGCUCGAACUGUGCAAGCAGUCUCCUGCGCCUGAUCCUCGCCUCUCCAAGAAACUACCGGACAUGUCUGCGAAUCCAUCUACGCUCUCUUCCUUCGCGCCGGAGUUCCAGCCAAGUGGUGCUGCUCCUGCGCACACCAUGCAGAAUCAGUAUUAUUCGUCCUCGGCCACGUACUGCCAGUACCGGGGCCAGGAGCAAGGCGCCAUGACUGGCUACUAUGCGAACACUGCGUAUGGCUACGACUGCUACCAAGAUGUUGCAUACAGCAACGCGGCCUACAGUGGUGAUGCUUAUAAUCAGGGCUACUAUGGAGACGGCCACUACACCAAUUCCAACUUUGGCCACUAUGCCAAGAGCGCUUACGCCAGCCGUCCCCGCAACCCUCGUGCAGCUGCAAUCAAUCUCGACGAUUUCUCUGACAUCUCCGAUUCAGAUUCUGACGCCGAGAUCCCCGCCAAAAUCGCUGCUGCGAAAGAGAAGAAGGUGCCAGAUGCCCUGGACACCUCCAGCGAAGCCAUCUCCGAGGAUGCUGAGCCGGCAGAGGAACCGUCGCCCUGCGCUGCCGAUGAGGCUGCGGGCUUGCUCGAGGGCAAGACUUCCACACCAUCCUCUUGCGAAGAGGACGCCAGCUCAGAGGCGGAGCUCUCCGUCAGCUCCGGUUCCUGCGAGCCGGAAGAGGAGGAGCUUGGCCCCAUGAUCAGCGAAGAAGUGGUCUCAGAUCCGGAGACCGUCUUCAGCCUGAAGCAGAUGCUGAAGUGGCGCGGCGCCGUGUUGAAAUCGGAGGAGGAGCCUCUGAUCAUCUACCGCACCCAGAUCGUUGAAGAGAAGGAGCCGGUGCCUGUGACCAAGACUCCGAAGGGCAAGGUCUCCAGCAAAAGCAAGGCCGGAAAGCUGGAGGUCUCGGAGAAUUCUUGGGCCGCCCAGCAGCGUAAGCUCAAGCAAUCGGAGGUGUCCCAAGACCCCUGUGAGCAAGUGGCACGGACCAUCAAGUCCAUUUUGAACAAGCUAACACUCGAGAAGUUCGCGGGCCUUUCCCAGCAGCUUCUUCAGUGCGGCCUGCGUACCUCCACGCACGUGGAAGUGUUGAUCCACGAGGUCUUCGAGAAGGCAACGAUGCAGCACCACUUCAUCGACAUGUACACAGAUCUUUGCGUGCUUCUGCACGAGCACUUUACAGCUCAACCGUUCGAGGAUUGCUCUGGGAAGGCAGACGGACGUAAGAUGACCUUCAAGAGACUGCUGCUGGAUGAGUGCCAGAUGUCUUUCGAGCGCCUUUUGUCGCCACCUGAGGGCCUUGAGCUCCUGGCAGCCGAGGACCGCACGGCGGCCGAGGUCCGCUACAAAACAAGCAUGCUGGGCAACAUCCGCCUCGUGGGUGGCCUCCUCUCGCGCGGCAUGCUUGCCAGCCGGGUCGGCAUCGCCAUCCUUGAGGAGCUCCUGUCGAAUCCUACUCCGGAGGCCCUGGAGUCCAUCGCCGCGAUGCUGACGGUGCUGGGCCCAACGGCCGAUAACAAGGAUUGGCCACAGUUCACGGCUCUGAAUGCCAUCUUCGAUCAGAUCUCCACCAUCGUCAAAGGCAAGAAGUGCCCUGCUCGCGAGCGCUUCCUCUUGAAGGAUCUGUUGGACCUUCGAAGCGCGCGCUGGGUGGACAAGCGGCCGAAGAAAAUCGAGCGGGCGAUAACGCUGGCCCAGGUGGCCGACAGCGCCGCUGGCCGCAAAGUGGAGGAGCGCCUGAUUCGAAAAGUGGCCUCAAUGCCUGCCCCGGUGCCGGCCUACGAGCAGGACAAGUUCCGCGAGGGCACAAGAAAGGCAUUGGUCGAACUGCGCCACAGCGGAUGUGUCGAGGAGGCAGUCAACCGCAUCAAGGCCCUGGGUGUGCCGCCGGAGAGGGACCAGGCAGCGGAGAUCUCUGAGAUCCUCUGCUUCACCGUGCAGGAGGGCGCGGCCUCCGUCCGUGCCUUGGACCUCAAGGCCCUGAGCGCUGUUGUCGACAGAAGCUGGAAGGACGACGCUCUGGCGCAGGGUGCUGGCCUGUUCGUCAAGGACGUUGCUCCCGACUUGGGUUUUGACGUGCCCGGCUUGAGCAAGAUCCUUUCGGAGGAGGUGUGUAUGCUGCUCCCCGAGGCAGCAGAUGCUGUGAACAUCUUCCUGGGUUGA